ACCUACCCAUUCUUCCAUAUUGUUUCCUCUGAUUGGGGUUCUCGCCAGACCGAUGCUUCUGAGUUGUCCAACUCAGCAAGCCACCAUCGGGAAGCAACGAUAUUGUUCAGAUGCAAGAGGGCUCGACUUGCAGCCAACAUAUGUCACAACACAUCGAGAUGGCUUUGCCCACCCGACAUAGCCCUGACACGAGCCUCCACGGGAGUCGGUCCCUCGACCGGGUGGGUGUUCCUAUACGACGCCAACGCACAACGUUGACAUUGGGUGCUUGUACCGUUAUGGAAAACUCUUGCCAUGGUGUCACACCCCUGACACGGCCUGGGUCCCCACCGCCCAUGUAUCCAGGGCCAGGUGAGAUAAGGUCUGAGACGGCGCUGCCAAAUACUGCAGGAUACCGCAGUACCUGCGACUCACAUGAAUGACACCAUGUUCAUGCACAGGGCACCCCGUUUGUGUCGGUUAGCCAUGGUCAAUACCAAGGAUGAUCGACGACGGUGGUUGGGGACAACGUGGCAUUGCCUCUCUGGGGGGGGG